UGACUUUGAAGGGUCAGACACCGGUGCCCAGAGAUGGGGGCGCCUUGCUCGACCUUCAAGCAGUACCUGCAGUCGCAAUCACAGAGGGAGAGACAGAUAAGAGCUAAUUAUAGCUUUAAUUGUACAUUGGCUGCAAGUCUGUAAUAGAUGAUGGUGGCGCUGUGCAGCUGGGACUGAAAUGAACGUACAAAAUCUCCCUGUCAAAUGCACUGUGCUUUUUGAUCCUCUUAACUGCACUUUGCCAUAAAACACAGAGAAACGGUAACCCAAAAGGGUUUCAAUGUGCUAUAUAUCCUCGGCUCUGACUGACAGCUGGCCCAUGUGCUGACGCUGGGGAUUUUGGAGAGCUUCCCAGAACCCAGAAGUGGAAUGUGAUUGUGCUCUGGGACCCGGGCCAGGAGCCCUUUGUGUGUUUCAGUGCAGAAACCUUCAUCCCUACAGAGAACCGGUCCCCAGGACAACUACUGGGCUUUCAUCACUGUUAAUGCUGCAAUUAUUUUGGGGCUUGCUGGUUGAGAGUGAGAGAAAGAGGAGGGAAAGACAAGAGGAAGUUACAGUUCUCUUUGGAAGGAGCGACACACUGCUUUCCCUUUGUUAUAACCUUGUCAGGAGCUGGGAUCAGAGAGAGUACAAAUCCUGGAGUACCAUAUAACGGAGUCGAAGGAGAGCAGUUUUGUCAAUUAUAGCAGCAGCGUGACACACAAUCAUUUCAAUUUCUCAAAGAAAAAAAUGACUGCUUCCUCCGCCACGAGGGUCUUCAUGUUAUCUCUGGUGUCAAUUCCAGUGAGCUAUCUCUUUAAUUUCUUAUCCGCGAACUGCAGUUUAGGUGACUUUUAUUUGUACUUUGGCAGCCCCUGGACCAUCCUCGUUGUUGGAUUCUUGAUCUUGAUCUCGGUUGCAACAAUUGCGUUUUUUCUGGCGAGAAAGAAACCACCGAAGGAUCCUUUAUUCUACCUUUAUGCAGUCUUUGCGUUUACCAGUGUGGUGGACCUUAUAGUUGGACUUGAACAAGAUGGACUUAUUGAUGGAUUCAUGACUCUUUACUUGAAGGAGGGUGAACCUUACCUGAGCACAGGCCAUGGACAUAUGAUUUGCUACUGGGAUGGUUCAGCACAUUACUUAAUGUAUCUCCUGAUGGUAGCAGCUAUUGCAUGGGAGCAGAGUUACAGAACCAUUGGUUUAUACUGGGUUGGAUCAAUUCUAAUGAGUACCUUUGUAUUCUUAUCGGGAAACCUUGUUGGGAAAUAUGGCAGCAAACUUGGUCCAGUCAGCCUCCUGAUUAUACCGUACCUUGUCCUUCCCAUGUGGGCUGUUCUCCAGAUUUAUCACCAGCCUCUUGAGAAUGAAUCUGCACCUAAGGCUGUUGAAAUUGUUCAAAAGAAGAACCUGCUACAGAGACCUCUUGAUCUGUUGUUGACCAUAUCCCUCUUUUUUGCGAUUGGAUUCAGCCUCUUCAGAGGAUUGGUGGCUUUGGAUUGUCCGAUCAAGGUGUGUCGACAAUACCUGCAGCUCCAGGAGCCGUACCUGCGAGACCCUGCAGCCUACCCAAAGAUACAGAUGUUGGUAUACAUGUUUUACUCUGUCCCAUUCUGCAUCAUAACCCUUUAUGGUCUCUUUAUUCCUGGAUGUUCCUGGCUUCCUGACUUGGCAUUGCUUCAUGCAGGUGGUCUUGCACAGGCACAAUUUUCACAUAUCGGAGCAUCCCUUCAUUCCAGAACUCCAUAUAUGUACAGAGUGCCAGAAGAGGCUCAGCUGAUUUUUCUAAUAACAAAUGGACUCUAUGGCAUCGUGCCACAAUUACUUGCCUACAGAUGUGUGAAUAAACCCGAGUUUUUCUUGAAGAGAAAAGAGGACGCAAAGACAAAGUAAAAAGCAAACUCAGUCAUCUAAAUGUUUUAUUUUUCUGUCCAAAGUUGCAUUUUUUGUUAUGCAGAUUUAAUAUUAGAGUAAAUUUCUUAUUAAACAAAUUGUAUUGGUGCUUUGCAAAUGAUUUUUUUUUUCUAUUUUGGUAUUGGUACUGUAUUAUUCCUCCAAGGUUGUUCUUGUGUGAAGUUAGGGAACUGUGUGCAUAAGAAACAAAAAGUGAAAUAAUUACCAAGAACAAAUGCAUUCAUUUUGCUUUGGGAUGAGAGAUUUCUGGUCUGAGGUAGAUGCCAAAUCCAGUCAAUAUCCGUGCUUACAGUGUGUGUGGUGCAAUUUAUUGAAGUAUCAGUUUUGUAUAAUGACAACCAGACAGGAGCUGAGGAGACUUUUUUUCAGUAAAUUCACAGGAAUUCAAUACAGGCAUUUAUUGCAUUUCUAAAAUUGCCCUUGUGAAGGUGGCAAGCUGCCUACAUGAAUACAGCUGUUUCUCUUCAUAAACCAUUUUCAUGGGGUGGUUAAGAAUAAACCAUGUUGUUAUCAAUCUGGAGUCACAUGUAGCCCAGACUGGGGAAAGAUGACCGAUUUCAUUCCCUGAAGGAUGUUAGUGAACCAGAGAUACUUUUAUAACAAUCUAGUCAUUUCAUGGUCACCGUUACG